AAAAAAGUGUUUCGCCAAGUGAGCCGUCAGUUGUGGUGUUAAUUGUACAAAAAAAUUUCAUGUUAAAUUAGUGCUCAAAUUGUGAAAAUAUUGUCCACAAGUGACUCACAAGGCUGCUGCUCACGCACGGACGAUAUAUGGAAUCUCACAGAUAAAAAUCACGAAAAUUGUGCAAGAAUAUCAGCGGCAACAGCGCCACUUACUGAAACAGCAAGACCUAUUAAUUGCUGUCCUCACACAGUAUUUUUUUCUCUGUUUAUUCUUCCCUUUUUCGGUUUUUUUUUGGUCUGAUCGGCACUGAAAGAGACACAGAGUAUUUUUCAAUUUAUACCUCACGCCACGGUGAGGUAUAAUUUUGUGAAAAAGAAGGUAAUGUGGAUGUGUAAUCAUGUAAUUUUUCUUACUGUUUGUAUCUCCAUUGGAACUGUUUUCUGAUUAUGGUGACUGAUAGUUAAUUAAUUGAGUGGACACUUUUGUGUUGUGGGUGUGGGAAUUUUGAGCUUGAAGAACUGUAACUCCAAUCAGAGGUGAUUUUCCUCGCGCAUAUUCGUAAUAUAUUUACUGUCGAGAAGUGAAGAAGUCACUGGGAUAGUUUAUGUGAGAAUAACAGGAGUGUAUGUGGAAAAUUGUAGGGUUGAAGAGAGCUAAUGGUGAGGGCAAAUGUGGAUAGUGUGAAGCCACCACUGAAGGAAUCCCACCGAAUUGCAACAUUGUCAGAGACAAUCGAACCCAGUUUGGCCACAAAUAUCACUUCAAGUGUGAAUUGGAAGUGCAAUCAAGCUACAAUGGCAACAGAAGCAUCAACAUCCGCGACCCAGACGAAUGCCACAUCAUCAACAUCGGCUGUCACAACGGCUAUUGCCGUGGUGACACCCACAGCCAGGGCUACGACCUCUGUGGCGAUGACCACGAGCGCCAAGAUGGUCACCCAGGCUACCAUAUCCACCAAGAUUGCACCAUGUCAGGCGCAGAUGCCGCCGCCGGCACCGCCCCAGCCGCUCCAUGCGCGCCCGAUGCAUCCGCCAGUGCAUCCACAGAUCCACCACAUCGGCCCGGCCAUUCCCAUUCCGCCGCCCGGCGGAGGUGCUCCGGCUGCAGCCGCCGCCGCUCCGGCUGGCUGGCAACUCGUAGAUUCAGUGUUCCACUUCGGGCCCGGCUUCGAGCCGCAACCCUACUGCCCUAAGCACUCGCAGGGUCCGCAGCCCGGACAUGUGGUGUACUUCCAUGUCAACCCAGGCGUCAGUGUCACUUUCCAAGUGGCCGGCAACAGAGAAGUCGUCCGUGGUGAGUAG